AUGUCUCACUCGCCGCCUCCACCGUCUGUCGAUGGCCACGGCCAUGGAGCAGCCCCCUUUCUGCACAACUUGACUCAGCGGUUACGCAAAGGCUCCAGUGCAAGCUCGCAAUACUCGGAAGCUGCCCUAUCCCCUCCAGUGACGGUCGACCCAAUGUCCAGAACAGAGGCCGCCCGGGCCGCGCGACGAAUGAUACUGUCGUUAGUCCGAGACGACUGGGACUGGCCGAAUCUCCCGCCGGAACUACCAGCAGACGACACCAAAAGAAUUCCGCCUCGCGAACCCAUCUGCUUCCGCUUGCGAGAGGAGGCUCAAUCCGACCUCGAAGCCGAGAUGUCACACAACAAACGACGAUCAAAGAGCGAUCCCUACAAAUUCGAGAGCCCCGACACGGUUGGGGAUGUCAUAAGCGAGCGCAGAAGAAAACGCAGGAAACAGGUAGAAGAAGAGAUGGCAUACAAUGAAGGACUCAGGAUCUGGCAGGAAAGGCGGGAUGCAUGGACAGGAGCGUUACAGCAUAGGCCCUACAGUAACAAACCUACCGAGAGACGGCCCUCUCCGACGACUAAGCGACCAUCCUACAAAUCCCGGCUGUCCCAAGUGUUUGUCCGGGACAAGACAGCCGACACCAACCCGCGUGCCCACUCACACACUCAUUCUCAAUCCCAGUCGCUUUCGACGGAUGGCGGCUCAAGCUGGCCAGCUUCACCAGUCUCUCCCACCCCAGAAUCUUCCAGUAUAGACAGCGUGGAAGCGGCUUCUCCUGGCAUCACCACGCGUACCACGACAAACACAACUGUCGAACCCAGCACUCCCCUUACGCCUUUUCCCACCACGGUACCGGCAUCCCCGUCGUCCUCGACUACCGAGCCAGGCCCGUGGCUUCCAAUAUACCCGCCAAUGCUGCCGAAAGAUGAUAUAAUCAGCGAAAAGAUCAAACCCGCCGCGUAUCCGACAAUCUACAGCAAAAUCGUGGUGCAGGGACUGUCUCCCAACAUCCCCAUCCCACUCAGCCAUAUGAUCCCCGCUCUCGUGGAGGGUUGGAAAUCCGAGGGCAAUUGGCCUCCCCAGCCCAGCGCUCCGCUCGCGGCAGACGUCAAGAGAGGACGAAAAUCCUCCACCUUUGCAAAAUGGCGGAAGGAACACUGCGACAAGCCAACGGGCGGGGAAGUCGCCGUCGUGGGCAGCAGCCGCGCCAAUGAUGAUGAAGCAGGCCACAGAAGCAGCAUACGCCGGAGUAUCGGCAUGAUGCGUAAAGUGGGAUCGUUGCUCGGCGGCGCCAUGAGCAGUACCGACGGCCUGGACGAGCUGGGCAUUGAGUUCAGCGAAAAGGAUCAAGCCGGGUUAGACCGGAACGUUGCCUUGAACAAGGGAUUAGUUCACUAG